AUGAAAUUCGCCGUAGCUUUCCUUGUUUUAUUACCAAUUGUCUUCAGUGCUUCUGUUGAAAAAAGAUUCUUUAUUGAUAAUUUCAAACACCUCUUUGAUUUAAAUACUUUAAAGCAACAUGUUCAGGAUAUUGCCAAUAAAGUUGGAAGUGACUCUUCAGAAGCUGCAUGUGAAAAAGAAUGCCACGUCAUAGUAAAAGCAGACAUUUUAGGAUCAGGAUGUCCUUUGAUCUGUAAAUCAUUCCGAGCUUUGGUCCAGAGAUUCAACAUAGUUCCUAAACCAUCCUAAACAAUAAAAGAUUUUAAAAUCUA